ACUUCUUACAAGCCCUCAAAUACCUAGUACUCACCUCAUCUAAAUUAAAUCAAUGACACAGGCCUGGGGCUUUUUCAUCGCAAGGUGUAAAAGACAUGUGAAGGACUGCUUCACUCUUUGACCUUGGCCCAUUUAUACUCGCGUGUUUCCCUUACUCCUCCCCUGAGCGAUGGAUUCUCCUCUAUUUUUACCCACCGAGGCUAAUGAGAUCGACGACCUGGACAAUAUUUCCAUAACCUCCACCGAUGCUGGGGCUAGUGAAGAUGAGGAUAAAGAAUGGCAUGUCGAUAAGAUUUACGCUGAACGGCCUGACCCCGACAUGCCAGGUGAGAUGCAGUAUCUCAUCAAAUGGGAGGACUUUCCUAUCGACCAGUGCACCUGGGAGCCUACAGAGCAUUUGGGCUCAGUACUACUUUCUGAGUGGGAGGAGAUUAAGAAAGCCAGUCCAGAUGGGAAGGAACAGGCCUUGAAUGUUGAGAUGUUCAAUAUUGCAUACAAAGCAAGAUAUGCGAGGCACACAAGACGAAACGCCAAACGCGAGCGUCUUGGUUUGCCACUUACUUAUCAGACACCUCCAGCUUCUGAACCCACUGUUGAACCCCCUGCACAAGAACUAUCUUCUCCCGUCGUUCCAAUAAAUGAUCCAAAUGCCCGUGUCGAGCCUCAAAAGAUAAGUGAUCUCGAUAAAAAUCAUUCGUCAUCUAACAUGCAGACUCAAAAUGUGGUCAAGCGUAAACCUCCCAGUGAGAAUGCACCUGAGAAACCUAGAGCUGAGGUGAACGCGGCUCAGAACGUGAACAAGAAGAAACCUAUAGCAAAGCCUAUACCGAAGCCUAGUACCCAGAAAUCUACCCCGAAAUCUCCACUGCAACCUCCAGCGUCAUUGCCUCCUCGGCCCGGGGUAAAGAAGCGAACAGCAACAGGCGAUGGAAAGCCGGGCGCUACUAUGACUGGGUAUCAAGGCACUGCUCGAAAGCCGAGUGCUGGCAUGAAUCUAGGUCCAUCUAAAGAACCUGUUGGCAAAGCUCCAACUCAAAAGGGGCCAGGGGCAGCCUCAGGUCCUUCAACGAUGCCUCCCAAGUUGUCGACCAGUCUAGCAAACAAGUUUGCUGGAAACCGACAUACGGCAACUCGUACUCGGCCGCAGCAAACCUCAACAGCACCUGCGCGGGUAACAAAUGUCUUUAUUGGAGGAAAGGAACGAAAGAAGAGAGCGAGUUUAAGUGAAGUUAUGGAUAAUGCAACAAAAGCUCCCAAGGCCUUUAGUUCGAUGCGUGUCAUGAACAUCGCUAAAAAGAAAGGGAUUGAGAAAAAUGACGCAGCUCAUCCUGAUUUUUCAUCGAUUCCGGCUAGCUUUUUUCUAGACGGGCAGAAUAAUCAAUCCAAGGCAGAACAGAAGAAAGCGAAGCCCCCUCACAUCAUCACAACAUCGCCGACCAUAGUACAAAGUCCGACUGCGAUAUCACCAAGUAGCACAAGCAUAGCCACGCCUACAAUCAAGACUAAAAAGUCUGUUCGUUUUACUGGAGCGGAGGAUGAGCCAAUGAGUGAUGUUGUGGAUGAUGUAGCCAACCGUACAAGUGGUGGACAGGAGAGCAGCAAACGUCCUCCAGUGCCUCCAGUGUCUCCAGGACCUCCAGGACCUCCAGCCCCCCCACGACAAGCCGGCCCCAGUUCCCCAGUGUGCAGGAAACUCUCCUUGAGUACUUAUCAAGAGAGAUCAUCAUCACAAGUUGUGGCGAAGGCAGCCGUGUUUGGGAAAGCCACAGAACCGAUGAGAGUCUUGUUUUAUGGCAUAAGCCGCCAAGGCCAGCCAUGGUUAUCGGCUUUCAUCGCCAUGGGCAAGCUGGAUUUUGGCACAAUUUGUGCCUCGUACAACUUUGUUCAUCACAAGGCCUUUUUAGUUGAAGAAGUUCUCUCAACUGGAAGGAUUAUGUCCCCUACGGAGGAGACGAAACCGGCCUUGGUCAACGUUGGAGAGCAUCUACGACGGGACUCUCGUGGGUGCCAUCUUGUAACUGAGCAAUUCUCGAUUCUUGUGUACCCUUCUAGAUGCAAUGGAUGGGAUGGACUGGACCUUAAAGUUGAUAUUAGUAUGGACAAGGACAACGCAGAAUCGCCUUUGCGAUAUAUUAUCUACAAGUCUUCACUGGAUGUGCGACUUUAUCCCCCAAUAUCUAUUCAACAUGAUCUGGCUCUUCCAAACUACACAGAAUCGGGAUCUCAUCGUCAAGUUUUAAUGAAAAACCUGCUUGGCUUGGACUUUUCCCAAUUCUUGCCACAAGUACCCAAGCAGAAGGAAAAGCAAGUUUUUAUGUUGUUUUUCCCCGAAAGAGAGAUGCAGGUGUGCAACAUGAUCAAGCUCUGGCUCCGUUCUUGUCAGCCUGGUUGUCGAAUUUUUUCGCUUGAAAUCAAAGAUAGUUGGUCGAAAUUCCAUGAAACUGUCAAAGCCGGGGCCGCAGGCACCGUCAUCUUACACGAAGACAUGAGUGCAAUGAUUCGAAAAAUACCACGUAUAUAUCAGAUGAUCGAGAAUAAGCGUUAUUACACGUUCUGGAAUCUUGCUACGGGACAAUGCAACCCGCCGAAGUUCCCGUCAGAUUCAUACGCCUCCAUUGAACCUGGGACGCUUCAGUUGACUCGUAUGUUCCCCCAAGGACGAGCCUUUCUAAUCACUCCCAGCCUCGCGCUCUCUGAUCCAGUCCGACUUCAUAAGUUCUUAGAUUGGUAUAAGAGUUAUUGCUACAAUCCACACUAUAUAAUCGUGGCUUGUGCGGAUUUUCCUAAUUACCUGAAAGAGGUCACCCUAGAGAAGGAAAAGGAGCGCCGUGAAAUGUGCUUGGCAUACAAGGAUUCCACAAGACUUGAAGUUUCACUUGCAGAUUCAGGCCUCACUGAAGGAGACCUGGAGGCAAGAUUCAAAUGUUGGCAAACAUUGAAAGAGAUUACGGAUAGCCUUGGAGACGAAGAGACUACCGAAGAAAUACGGAAAGUCCAAUGGAUUACAGACUUCAUUGAUCCAAAUGACGAACAGAGCCUUGUCAAUUGGUUCUGUUGGUGGUCUACCCAAAAAUGCGAUCAAUAUCGAAAAUUUACAGUACUCGGGUCUAGCAACAGCAGAAUUAGAGCGGCCUAUAGGCAUAUCGAAAUCCCAGCUUACACGAAAGAGACAGUCAGUGAUCCUGAUAUAGCUUUGGCUCGUGAGGAGCGACAACGCCGAGAAAGAGAAGCCAGAGAAGCAGGCGAAGUAACGAAGGAUAUAAAGGGGUCGGGUCAAGGCGCUCCUCCGACGCCUGUUUUCAGGCCACAACCUAGAUUCCAGAGUGAAAUUUUCAAAAGUGAUCGUCCAGGCCACAUACGACACUGGAUCACCUCAUUAUUCAACGAACCCAGAAUAGAAAGUUGGCUUCGGGUACACGCUAAGGCCGUGUCGUGGUUAAACGUGUCGAUGGCUGAUCACUUUGAUGAUCCGCGAUGCGAGUUCGACACUUUUAAGAACUGGUUUGGUAGGACGCCACCAUUCACGAGAGGGGUAAAUACAUGGUAUGGUUUAUUCUACACCAUAGAUAAGGACUGGGACCCACAGGCACCAGCCAGUAUUUAUGGGCGUCAUCCUUGGAUCGCAAUAUUUAGACCUAUCAACCCCCAUUUCUGGGGCAAAUAUGCGGCAAUGGAACUUUUUAUCUGGGACCUGUCUGCAAAUGCUAGGCAACUAUCCCAUGGGAACUCGUCGGUCUUAUUAGACAUGCAACGGCGUCUCGUAAACCUGGUUAGAGAGGAAACACAUCUCAGGAAUCCAAAAUUCACUCUCCAAGAAGUCUAUAUUGGCAGCAAGACAGAUGUAGAGUACGGGCCGGGCGAUAAUCCUCUGGAAAUAACCUAUAAGAAACUGCGGGAGAUGGUUAUCAAUGGUUCCAAGUGGCUUCCACCCUUUGAAAACCUUCUCCGCGAUCAGGGCUGGAACUCUAUUCCCAAGUCCGAAUGGGAACGGGGCAUGGCUGUCGAAAAUCCCAACCCGUCGCCUGUUACACAGCAGCAGCAGGGCAAACCUACCCCCACGCAUAGCAAUGACAAGAACAAGGUCCAGAGAUCGAUCUGGCAUGCGCCACGGCCCAAGACGAAAGGGGGAGAGUCGAAAUGCGUGAAUCAUCUAUAUGAGGCUGCGGUGAAAGCCCGGAUGAGCAACGAGUCGGCAGACACUAUGCGGUACCAGUAUAGGUCGACUCCCGACUGGUAUCACGACAUGAAAGUAGAGGGGCGUGAUUCUAGUCAUGUUAAUGUCGACAGUACGGAUAAGAUCUUGUCUGUGCUGCUUCAAAAGAAGUAGACCGACGGUCUAGUACCUAUCGUGACAAAAGAGGAAACGAUACCUGAUGGGAGAUAAGGUGCUCAGAGUGGAGCAUAUGCGGUGUGUUUUUGACGGAAAGGCUCUUGUACCCCUAAUACUAGGGCGAUAUCACUUUACGCGAUGUUUUAAUGCUUACCUAGGUACAUACCUAGGGUACCCCUUAUCCUUUGGCUUUUUC